ACUCAGUAGACAAGUGACCGUCAUUCAGUGUUAUAAUGUGGGUGUUGGCGCUGUUCGUGAGUACGACACUCGUUGCUUCCAUCACCUCAACACAACACACUGACAAUGAGGAUGGUUUCUCACAUUGGGCACAAAUUCCCUCGGCAGCCUGGGAAGACGGGGACCUGGAAGACGAUGACAUCUUUCUAUCUAAAGACCUAAUCGAGUGGCUACACCAGAACUCGGACGUCCUAGAGAGCACGCAGGAGACAGAGAACAUAAUUGAAAUGCUUGCUUCUGGUGAAGCCGAUAAAUCUCUCACAGACAUACUUAAGAUCUGGUUUCAUAAUCUGGAUAACGUCCUCAAAUCUGAGAACCAUGCAGACGACAAAGACGAAUUUCUUGAGGAUCUUGAAAACGCUCUUAAAGAACGUGUUGAACACAAAGAAAAUAUAGAUCUUUUAGACGCUACUGACUUGAGCGAGGAGUCUGAAGAAGCGUCAGAUAAGAAGCUGUUGAAGAAACUGGUGUCAGCCAUCGACAAUGAUUGUGAUGACGAAAGAUGUGAGGAUACACCCAUUGCCGACUCUUCCACCGAAGACAUAGUACUGCGAAGAAACAAGAGGUCACCAGCACGAGUGAGAUCCAGCUCCAGAAGGUCGGGAUCACGUAGUUCCGGCAGCAGCUGGCUCGGAAAACGUAAAAGUACCUCGAAACCAAGUAGUAGUAGUAGUAGUAGCAGCAGCAGAAGCAGCAGCAGCAGCAGCAGCAGAGGUAGUAGCAGUACUGGUUCAAUAGGUGGGUCUUCAGGAACCAGGGUUACUUCCGCUACAGGAGCUGCUGCAGGUGCUGGAGCCACAACAGGUGUCAGUGGGUCAGGAUAUCCAUCUGGUAUUAAACCGGGAGGAGGGUACCCUACAGGCUCUCAGCCGUCUCCAGUGUAUCCAUCGGGUACUAAUCCAGUUGGUGGAUAUCCCACAGGAACGAAACCAGUUGGAGGUUACCCUGCUGGAGGUUAUCCUACAGGAACGCAUCCUGCUGGAGGUUAUCCUACAGGAACGCAUCCUGCUGGAGGUUAUCCUACAGGAACGCAUCCUGCUGGAGGUUAUCCUACAGGAACGCAUCCUGCUGGAGGUUAUCCUACAGGAACGCAUCCUGCUGGAGGUUAUCCUACAGGAACGCAUCCUGCUGGAGGUUAUCCUACAGGAACGCAUCCUGCUGGAGGUUAUCCAACAGGAACGCAUCCUGCUGGAGGUUAUCCUACAGGAACGCAUCCUGCUGGAGGUUAUCCUACAGGAACGCAUCCUGCUAGAGGUUAUCCUACAGGAACGCAUCCUGCUGGAGGUUAUCCUACAGGAACGCAUCCUGCUGGGGGUUAUCCUACAGGAACGCAUCCUGGAGGGUAUCCUUCAGGAAAUCAACCUGCCGGUUGGAAUCCUACGGGAAAUCAGCCUGGUGGGGGAUACCCUGCUGGAAACCGACCUAUUGGCUGGAAUCCUAAUGCACAACCUAGUGGGGGAUAUCCUACAGGAACUCAACCAGUCCCAGGAUAUCCUGGCGGAACUCGCCCCUUCGGCAGCUAUCCGACUGACAAUCGGCCUAAUAUUUAUCCUAGUUACAUUCGGCCUCCCCCUAGUUAUCUCGGCGCAGGUCAACCAUAUGGUGGGUUCCCCACGGCAACCAGACCUGGUGGUUACCCGAUGGCUGGUAUGUCCGCUGGAGCCACGGCUGGAGGAUUUGGCGGAUACCCGGUGGGAGGAUACCCCAUGCCGAAGAAGACAAAGAAAGGGAAGGUGAAGGAGGUUAUUGAGAAAGCAGUAGCAGGCUACGCAUUACACAAGGCCUCCAAGAAGAACAAAUUCCUCUCUCCCUCCCUCCUGUCCGGGUACGGUCACGGGUUCGGCCACGGCGGGUUGGGCCACGGCGGGUUGGGCCACGGCGGGUUGGGCCACGGCGGGUUCGGCCACGGUGGGUUCGGUAAGCUGGCUGCGGGCGGCUUGGUCGGCGGACUCGCCGCUGGAAAGGCUGGCAAGAUCGCCAAGAAGUUACUAGGAGCCUACGUCAAGAUCCAGAUCGCAAAGUACGCUCUCAAAUUCGGAGCGGAGGCAGCUAAGGCGUACUUUUUGUACAAGAUGGGCCUGGAACUGGAUGAGUACAUGAUUGGAAAGUUCGUACACCGGUACCACCAGCACAGAGUGAGGGGCGACAACCGCUGGCAGUACUAUCAACACCACAACCGCAAGAACAUGAACUCGGUAGCAGACAACAUCACACUAGGCGAGUUCUGCCGACGUCCAUGUGCGGAGAAUGACACCCGUAUCUGCCAGUUCAACUUCGACGUGCACUUCUACCAGACAAUGUCCAGAGCGUGUUAUGACUGUCCAAGAAACGUGACAGAUUGUGACCGUCCAGAGUGUGUGGUUGGCGAUGGCAUCCGCAGGAUGGUAGUCACUAUCAACAAGCUCAUCCCAGGUCCUCCCAUAGAGGUGUGUGUGGGAGACAAGGUGUUGGUAGACGUCAUGAACAACUUACCGUCAACAGCCUUGGCUUUACACUGGCACGGGUUGACCAUGGGGCCCUCCAGAGCCAUGCCCAACGCCCGCCAGACGCCCUACAUGGAUGGCACCCCUGGGGUUACUCAGUGCCCCAUACCCCCAGGAUCAGGCUUCAGGUACUCCUUCUUCGCCUCGAACCCCGGCACACACUUCUGGCACGCGCAGACUGGUUUUGAGCGAGGUGACGGGGUGUUUGGUCCACUCAUCGUACACCAACCUGUCUCCAAAGACCCCAACCAGUUUUUGGCAGAGCACCUCCUUACCAUCAACGACUGGUUCCACAAGACGACACAAGCAAUAUAUGCCAACAAAAACAGUGACGGACGCGAUCCCACACCUGAUUCACUCCUCAUCAAUGGAAGAGGCCCACAGCAGCACCUAGAGGACACCGUCAAGACCCCUCGGGUUCCCUACGCUAAGUUCCUGGUUGAGAACGGUACCCGUUACCGCCUGCGCAUCAUCAACGCUGCCAUCGCCCACUGCCCCGUGACUGUGACAAUAGACAAUCACGACCUCAUUCUCCUAGCAGCUGACGGUGCAUCAGUCUCUCCCGUCAACACUUCAGCGAUACUCAUCCACCCAGGGGAACGAUACGACGCUAUGUUCUCAGCUGAGCAUGACCCCAACGCCUCAGGUGGGACGUACUGGAUUAGAGUCACCGGGGGCGGCCAUUGUGCCGGUCUCCAUCAAUACGCUGCACUACAGUACCUCCCUUCCAACUUCACAGACUUCCAGCAGCUGCCAGCUAUCCCGCCCACACCCACGCCUGCAGCCAACCCAUCGCCCGGAGCUGAGGAGUUCAGCGGCAGGUGUGGCACUCAGGGCCAGCGCUGUGUGGCGGCAUUGCAAGCAUUAGCACUACCAGAAAAACUCAAAAUACCCAAGACCAACAACACAUUCUACCUCGCCUUCUCAUCCAAGACAGUACACAACCAGAACUUCUACUCUCUCAUCUACUACAACAUCUACGACGAAUCCUGGGAGAAGAGAGUCUUGACACCGCAGAUCAACCACCUCACCUUCAGAGCACCACCCAAGCCCCUGCUGGUCAACCGUAAACCCCUAAAGUCUGAGAACUGCAGCGCUGAUGGUGUACGUCGUGGUCAGUGCUCUGCUGACUACUGCGAGUGUAUCCAUGCUUUACACGUCUCCCUCGGUGCCAUUGUCGACCUCGUCCUUAUUGGUGAAGGCCCAGCCAACGGCACCUCCUACCCGGUACACUUGCACGGCUACAAGUUCUGGGUACUGAGCCAGGUGGAGGCCUCGCAGGUACCCACACCCAGUAAACCCCCACCUACUCCCAGCAAUGCUACCCUCAGUGAAGUCGACCUUGAACUUAACCUCUUAGCCACGAAGAGUGAAUUCCUCACAAGGGAGACAGUGAUGCAGCUGGACCAGGAAGGCAAGUUGCUGAGGAAUCUUGAGGACCCCGUCAUGAAGGACUCUGUAUCGAUACCUCCCGGAGGAUACACAGUCGUCAGGAUCGCCGCGGAGAACUCAGGUGUGUGGAUGUUGGAGAGUCAGGUGCUAAUGGACGCCCAGGCAGGGAUGUCCCUGGUACUGCAAGUGGGUACCGCCGCUGAUGUACCCAAAUCUCCUCCACCUGACUUCCCCACCUGUUGAGCUCUCCCAGGAGCUGUAUCAGACGUUCUCUAUCACAAAAUUGACAAAGGCACAUGCAACACCAUCACAACGCUGACAGGCACAUACAAAACUACUACAACACUGAUAAUAACACCUACGGAACACUCGCACACUGACAACACACAAUACUGACAACACACAUCACCCUCACAACACUAAUAACAGCGCCCACAUCACCCUCACAACACUGAUAACACCACACACACAUCACUUUCACAACACUCAUAACAUCACACACAUCUUCACAACACUAAUAACAUCACACACAUCACCACAAGACUGAUAACAUCAUUGCUCUCUCAACACUGAUAACAUCACACACAUUACUCUCACAACACUGAUAACAUCACACACAUUACUCUCAUAACAUUGAUAACAUCACACAGCACUGUUAACAGCAAACCGAAUAGCUCAACGCUGUCAACAACACAAGACUUCUUUCAACACCAAUACACAUCCCUAGAAUCAGCCUCAGCAUAUAAUGUACGUCGGCCGGCCGGCAUCAAGAAUCUGGUUGACCAGCCGUCAUCUGUGAGAUGAGAUCACAGAUUUACCCUGUACACCUGUUUUUACAGAUUCAUAAUUUUAGUUUUUGAAAUUAUUUCGAAUUAAAUUUAAGUGAAGA